ACACUGGGGUGCAUGUAUCUUUUCCAAUUAUAGUCUUCUCCAGAUAUAAGCAGGAUCAUAUAGUAACUCUAUUUUUAGUUUUUUCAGGAACCUCCAUACUGUUCUCCAUAGUGGCUGCACCAAUUUACAUUCCCACAAACGUAGGAGGGUUCCCUUUUCAAGUAUGCGGGCCUCUCACUGUUGUGGCCUCUCCCGUUGAGGAGCACAGGCUCCGGACGCACAGGCUCAACGGCCAUGGCUCACGGGCCUAGCCGCUCCACAGCAUGUGGGAUCUUCCAGGACCGGGGCACGAACCCGUGUCCCCUGCAUCGACAGGUGGACUCUCAACCACUGCGCCACCAGGGAAGCCCCAGCAAUGUCUUCUUGCUCAGCCAACAGCUUGUUCUGCGGCCGUGAAGUUACUCAGAGGUGAAAAACGUCGCGGGAGUAUGUGUGCCAUCACUGAAGGGUGGGGUCCGGCUGCUGCCAAGGAAUUCCAGCCCCUAGAUGGCAGCAGUGAAGAACUUAUACGCACUUCGGUGCAACUACUGGGCUGAGAUCUGUGACAAACGCACGAAUUAUAGAAGCACCCGGAAAACUAGGCCCUUUGCCUUUAUCAUUAUUCUGACGAAAGGACCACAGUUAUGGGGGUUUCUUGGCUGUGGCUUUUAUGACACCCGGGAAGCAAAGUAAAACCAAGCCCCAAACCAAACCGACCAAACAAAAAAAAAGGGAACGUCUGGUUUAGACCCUAAGCCCGGGCAGCAGGAGUAGGUUUCCCAUUUCCUUCCCUGGCGAGGCACCAGCUAGGCCCAUUCGUUAGACGACCAAAGGAGGCCGCCUUUGAGGCUACCAGCUCCGGCCAGGGCCCAGAGGGAGAGUGUCACUCACACGCCGCUCCGCCAGCCCACGACUUUGUUUUUGUAGCAGGCGAUUUCGAAGCGCUUCCCGGCUCGCUUCAUUCGUACUACGGCCACAUUGGUCAGGCGGAUCUGGUUGGUGGGGGUGAAGAUCGACAUCGUGGCCGCUCACAGACCUUGGGUCCGGCGAACCAAGGCAAACCUGCGCUGCCGGCCUGAGAGCUAACUGAGCCUCGAUAUAACCACCCGGCGGCGCGUGGCACAGUAACGCCCGCAGGCUGCGCAGCGCCGUUACUAACUCGGCCGAAACGAUCCACCCACGCAACUUACUGCGCAGGCGUCAGGUGUUAAGAAAACCGGGCGAGGAGGAGGGAGCUAGAACGCCUGCGCAUUGUGGCUUUUACGACACUGCUCCACGCCCGGAAAGAAUCCUUCUUUGGAUAUGUGGGACUUCUCAUCUUUAAUGUCGUUAUGGAUAAACAGGUUUUACAUAUAUUUGGGCUUUGCCUUUGGCUUUAGCCUUUGGAUUUGUUUCCAGAUUGUCAUCAGAAAGCAGAACAAAAACUCACAGGAGAAAACCGUUCCGAAAGCAUCUCAGGAUUUGAUGACAAAUGGCUAUAUCUCUCUUCAAAAGAAGGAAGUCUUUGUGUCUGGAGUGAAGAUUUUCUAUGGUUCUCAGACUGGCACAGCAAAGGGAUUUGCGACAGUUCUUGCCGAAGCAGUUAGCUCCCUUGGUCUGCCUGUGGCACUUAUUAAUCUGAAGGAAUAUGACCCAGAUGACCAUCUAGUAGAAGAGGUUACCAGUAAAAAUGUCUCUGCCUUCCUGGUUGCUACCUACACUGACGGUCGGCCGACUGAGAGCGCAGAGUGGUUCUGCAGGUGGCUAGAGGAAGCAGCCAAUGACUUUCGAUUUGGCAAAACGUACCUGAAGGGUGUGAGAUACGCAGUGUUUGGCCUGGGAAAUUCUGCAUACGUGAGCCACUUCAACAAGGUGGGGAAGGACGUGGACAAGUGGCUCUGGAUGCUCGGCGCCCAUCGCGUGAUGUCCCGAGGGGAGGGUGACUGCAACGUGGUUAAAAGCAAACACGGCAGCAUUGAGGACGACUUCACAGCGUGGAAGGCUAGGUUCAUCUCCCGGCUACAGGCGCUCUGUAAAGGAGAGAGAAAACCCUGUGGUGGCAACUGCAAGAAAGGCAAGUGCGAGUCUAAUCAGCACGGCUCAGAGGCAGUGGAGCCAGGGUCUCACGCUCAAGAGGGAUUCCAUCAGAGAGACGCUGAGGAAGAGCCCUUUGGGAGCACCAGUGAGGAAGAGUCUGGUACUGAGGACCAUCAGAGUCUAAAAUCUGUCAUUGAUGUUGAAGACCUCGGCAAGAUUAUGGAUCGUAUGAAGAAAGAAAAGAGAGAAAAGGAGCGGCAGGAAGGGGAAACUAGUUUGAUCAGGAGCACAGUGAAGAAUGAAGCCAGUGAAAGAAGAGCUAUGAUAACUCCUGCUCUCCGAGAAGCCCUUACUAAACAAGGUUAUCAGUUAAUUGGGAGCCACUCUGGGGUGAAGCUUUGCAGGUGGACAAAGUCCAUGCUCCGAGGGAGAGGAGGUUGCUAUAAACAUACGUUCUAUGGCAUUGAAAGCCAUCGUUGCAUGGAAACUACCCCGAGCUUGGCGUGUGCAAAUAAAUGUGUCUUCUGUUGGCGGCACCACACCAAUCCAGUGGGUACUGAAUGGCGGUGGAAGAUGGACCAGCCUGAAAUGAUCUUAAAGGAAGCCAUUGAAAACCAUCAGAACGUGAUGAAGCAGUUUAGAGGAGUGCCAGGUGUCAGAGAGGAACGCUUUGAGGAAGGAAUGACAGUAAAGCACUGUGCAUUAUCCCUUGUGGGAGAACCCAUCAUGUACCCAGAAAUCAACAGGUUUUUGAAGCUACUCCACGAGCGAAAAAUCUCCAGUUUCCUGGUCACAAAUGCACAGUUCCCUGCGGAAAUCAGGAACCUCAAACCAGUUACCCAGCUAUACGUCAGUGUGGACGCCAGCACCAAAGAGAGCCUGAAGAAAAUUGACCGCCCGCUCUUCAAGGAUUUCUGGCAAAGAUUCCUCGACAGUUUAAAAGCCUUGGCUGCAAAGCAACAACGUACUGUCUAUAGGCUGACUCUGGUGAAAGCAUGGAACGUGGAUGAACUCCAGGCCUAUGCCAAGCUGGUGUCCCUGGGGAACCCUGACUUCAUCGAGGUGAAGGGUGUUACCUACUGUGGAGAGAGUUCGGCAAGCAGUCUUACCAUGGCCAACGUGCCCUGGCACGAAGAAGUGGUGCGCUUUGUCUGUGAGUUGGUGGAUCUGAUCCCCGACUAUGAAAUUGCUUGUGAACACGAACAUUCCAACUGCCUCCUGAUAGCUCACAAGAAGUUUAAGAUUGGCAGAGAAUGGUGGACGUGGAUUGAUUACAGCCGCUUCCAGGAGCUCAUCCAGGAAUAUGAAGACAGUGGUGGAUCCAGAUCUUUCAGUGCCAAGGAUUACAUGGCCAGAACUCCUCACUGGGCGUUAUUUGGUGCCAGCGAAAGAGGCUUUGAUCCCAAGGACACAAGAUAUCAGAGAAAGAACAAAUCAAAGGAUAUAUCUGGAUGUUGAGAUUAUCUGAAUUUAGGAUACCGAAGGACACAAACUGAUUGCCCAGAAGGUUCUCAGACUCCACUGUGAUUUUUCCAAGGACAAAUUAUAUUUCACAUAGAGAAGGGUGUAAGGGGACGCAAGUCACAUCCUUAGGCUCAGGAGACAGCAGCCACGCUUUGAGUGCCUGGGACUCAGCCUCACUGUCUCUUUCCAGAACUCAGUCCCUUUUCUGAGUUUACUUCUGAAAGAAAAUCAUUUUGAGGGGGAAGUACACAACCUUUAUUAGUUUUGAAUUAUAAUUAGGAAGACUGCCUAGAAUGCCAACCAUGGGAGUGUCGUGCAGAGUGAAUUUCUGUUCCUUUUCCCCUGUCGUGGGCUGUUGGCCUUUGUCAGUUGUACUACCCUGAGGUCAGUGUAUCUGCUUCCUCUAAGAUCUUCAUCCCUUUCUUACAUCUUAAGAUAACACUUCCUGAAAGUAAUUUGUCAUAAUUCUCAGUUUUUUUAUUUUUUCUCAAUUAUUUUAAAUACUACAUAGAUUUCUUUAAAUAUUCAUUUAGUACCAACUCUUUAGAAACUGAUUUGGAUCUAAAACUAUACUAGAUCUCAUUCCAUUCCCAUGCAGAUUGCCAUAGAAAGUAGUAUGUGAGCUGGAUUAGAGCAAAAUCUCUCUUCUGUAAGAGGAACUGUCAUAUGAUGUCACUGAAUAAUUAGUCUCACAAAUUAGUGAAACAAUGCGUACAAUUUGGUUUUGGUUUGAAAAGUAAGUGUUUAAGCCUCUCAUCACUACACAUAUAGCAGGUUUCCAUCUUCUUUCACUCUUGUAGCCCUAGCUACUUUCUGCAAUCUGUUCUUUAAGUUUCAAGUUCUUUCCUAGUUGAAAACAUCACUAAAUACUCAAUAGUUUUUAAGAAGUAUUAUAGUUAUUUAAAAAAUGCCUUUAUCCUAAAAUUUUAGUAAAAUAUCUUUUGUGAAGACUUGGACCACACAUUUUCUUUUGAGCGCUUAUUUUAAAGAUGCUUCUAGUCCCGUGGUUCUAAGCCCUGUCAGACCCAUCUCCUCCUUAUAUUCCUCCUCUAUUCUCUGCUGAAGUAAAGUUCAUAAUAAUAUAAUCUACUUACUCAUUUAGUUGAAAACUGGGCACUGUAUUUAUUUCUAAGUGAUAGAGUCUCUCUGUGCCAUAGGAUGAAAUCAGAUGUUCUUGAAGUCACCACAUCUUCAAGCAUGCGUUCAGUCUCCUGUUGACCCCUGAGACAGACAAGAGAUGGGAGUGGUCCAGGCCAGUGAGGCAGGAGCUCACUGAAGCUCAGAUGUGUUAAUGGUCGUUGAGUAGAGAUGGAAAAUCUCUAUUCAAACCUUAAAUGAGAGCAGAGUAUUAAAAAGCAAGAGCUCAUGCUAAGGAGCGCACAGAUGGGCUCCUGUUUGUGACAGCUAACUGGGCACACAGCUGUAGGAAGACCCCUCUGGGGCUGCCGUAAGGAGCAGGGCAGGCGGCAGUGCAUGCUGGGCUUUGGACCGUCCCUCAACCUCUUUUUCAACCGGGCACCGCUGCCUUUAUUUUUUUAUGCAUUGAGGUUCUGCUCAAGAUUUAAUUUGAACGAAGAUAUUCUGUUGCUUCAAAGAAAAAAAAAACAAAAGCAAACCUCUCACCACCAGAAUGAGCCCUCCUGACUCCAUUAACUUUAGGAACAUAAAUGAGCAGUUUUUCCUCCCUCUGCCACCCAGGAAGUGUUUGCUUUAUAUUAAAAAAAAAAAUAACAUGGUAUAUUAAUCCCAGUUCACAGUCACAGCAGAAAAUUUUAAAUGCCUAGGGGAAAAAAAUACAGUGGAAUCUGGAUGAAAAAAAUUAAAUGUUUGCUGAGCAGUAUUAAAGUAGAAGAGAUGGGGAAGCUUGAAUAUUCUUAGAAGGUGAGCUAUUUGAAAAAUAACAUUCUAGAUGUCCAGUGGAAGUUAUUGUUGGAGUUUGAGCAAGCGAUUCUAAAAUUCUGCCGAAAAGCUAGCCAGGUAAGAAUAGUUACAAGAUUCUAGAAGAAUAAUUAUUCAAGGAAAAUUGCUUUACAAGAUAUUAAAGAAUGUUGUCUAAAAUAAUUCAAACAACAUGAAACGAGAUCAGCUUCCAAAAUGACAGAGUGAGAACCUCAGUGAACUCACUCUCCCUCUAAAACAGUGAAAAUAUGGGCAAAACAACUAAAAUCAAAGAAUUUUAGAACUCCGACAGUUUAACCAAAGCUUUGCCGUGAGCUGAAAAUCAUCUGUUAAGAGAAACUACUGAACCUUAAUAAAAUUAACAGUUUACUUCUCAUCAGAAAGCAUGGAGGCCAAAAGGCAGUGGAAUGGUAUCUUAAAAGAGCUGGAAGAAGAGACUUUCAACCAAAAGUUCUAUGCCUAGCUUAAUCUUCCUUCAAAAUUAAAGAAGAAAUUAAGACAUUUUCAGGUAAGCAAGAAGUAAAGAAUUCAUCACCAGCAGACCUGCCUACGAGGAGGAGUCCUCAGGGCUUAAUGAAAGUACGUUAGGCUUGAAACCACGUGAAGAAAUAAACAGCACUGGUGGAAGUAACUACGUAAGUUUUAUAGAAGACAAUAUAAAUGUACUUUUGUUUGUAACUCUCCUAUCUGUUUUAUAAGAUAGCUGCGUAAAGCAAUAUUUAUAAAACUGUAUUGAUGGACUUAGAAUGUAUAAAGAUGUAAUUUGUAUGACAGUAAUAACAUGAAAGAAGUGUGAGGGGAACAGAGGUAUAUUGGAGCAAGUCUUGACUACCCACUGUUGAAAUUAAGUGGGUAUGUUUCCAAAGCAGAUUUUUUAAAGAUGCUAAUUGUAAUCCCAAGAGCAGCCACUAAGAAUAAAUUUUA